ACAGCUUGCACAUUUGAUCUAUCUUUCUCUCUCGCGCGCUCUCUCUCUCUCUUCGGACACCGCAUCCUACAAUAACAUCACCAUACACAUCAGUGAGCAAUCCGGCGUUGCGCGCACGAGACGCCACAGUCGCAUCUAUGGAGCGCUCCUGCCGCCUGUCCUACUAUUGCAUGAAAUGAAAGUGUAAUAUGACAUAGAAGCAAGACGCCCUGGCACUUCAAAAGGAAAACAAACCUUGCAGUCUACACCUCAACACUCGCGACUUUCCAAGGAUACCGACUUGAAACUUUUACAAGAUACCCCCCCCCCCCCUCCUCCCCCCCGCACAUUACACACACACACCGUUCCUCCACUUUGUAUCCGUUCGUGUAAAAUUCCCUCGGAGCUUUGCUGCUCAUUUACUCCGGCGGCUAGAUGGACGAGGAAGAAGCCGCAGAAAGGAUGCCUCCAGCCGGUGUCCGAACCCGGAAUCGCCCGCCGCAAGUGAUGCUGAACCAGAAAAAGAUCAAAGCGAGACGGAAAAAGCGAAAGGAGUUGGUUUUGAUCCAAAUAUGCUUGUUGGGAGGGAUGCUUCUCGUCGUCAAGGGGUUCUCCUACCUAGCAGAAAAUUCAGGUUAUGACACAUCCAGCCCCACUACGUAUGAUGAUGAGCGAUGGGGAGGCAGGAAGCUACUGCAGGAGGUGGACACAUUGGACAGUAAUAGCAGCAUGGAAGAGGACGAGGAAAAGAAAAACUGCACCGAACCAGCUUUGCACGAGUUCCCUACAGAUCUGUUUACCCACAGGGAGAGGACAGAAGGAGCUGUGGCCCUACACGUCCUGUGUGCCAUGUAUAUGUUCAUUGCCCUGGCCUUGGUUUGUGACGAUUACUUUGUCCCUUCGCUGGAGAAGAUAUGUGAGCGUCUUCAUCUCAGCGAGGAUGUAGCAGGGGCAACCUUUAUGGCAGCUGGAAGCUCCGCCCCUGAACUCUUCACCUCUGUCAUAGGGGUCUUCAUCACUAAAGGAGAUGUGGGUGUGGGGACCAUUGUGGGGUCUGCAGUCUUCAACAUCCUCUGCAUCAUCGGAGUGUGUGGAAUCUUUGCUGGCCAGGCUGUGAAGCUCUCCCAUUGGACACUACUCAGAGACUCCGCCUACUACACGCUCUCUAUCGCAGCCCUCAUUGCAUUUAUCUACGACGGGGAGGUUACGUGGUGGGAGUCUCUAGUCCUGAACGUGAUGUACCUCUUCUACAUUCUAAUCAUGAAGUUUAACGGCAGAGCGAGGCGCUACUUUGACCGGCGGAAGAAGAGCUCCGUGAGUCUGGCCAACGGUCUGACGGGCAGCACUGACCUGGAGGACAACGUCACCUGUGACGCCACCGCCGUCCUGCUCAAGAAAGCUAACUUCCAGUGUAAGCCCAGUGUGCUGAUGGUGGAUGAGCUACUGUCAGCCUACCCCCACCAGCUGUCCUUCUCUGAGGCUGGCAUGAGGAUCAUGAUCACCAGUCACUUCUCCCCCAGGACACGAUUAGCCAUGGCUUCACGCAUGCUCAUCAAUGAGAGACAGAGGGUGAUCAACACCAGUGAGACCAGGGUCAACCAACACAUCACCAACGGAGACUCAGACUCUGCAGCCGCCAGGGCUCCAGAGAGGCGGGGUCUGGAGAAUGGCAGGACAGGCGGGGCUGAGAGAGGGCUGAACGGGAGAUGCCUAGGUCAGGGGGUCCUGGAGUCGGGGAAUGAGACGGAAAACGAGAACGAGGAUAAUGAGAAUAAUGAGAACGAUGGAGGAGAGGAGGAAGAGGACGAGAACGAAGGACCUCUGGUCCCUCACAGACCACCAGCGGGUGUGUGUAACAAGAUGAAGUGGCUGCUGUGCUGGCCUCUGUGCCUGCUCCUCUUCUUCACCAUCCCGAACUGUGCCAAGCCACGCUGGGAGAGAUGGUUCAUGGUCUCCUUCGUCACCUCCACCAUGUGGAUCGCUGGCUUCUCCUACAUUAUGGUCUGGAUGGUGACUGUGAUUGGGUACACGCUUGGCAUCCCUGAUGUCAUCAUGGGCAUCACGUUCCUGGCGGCGGGGACUAGUGUUCCAGACUGCAUGGCCAGCCUCAUCGUGGCACGCCAAGGUCUGGGAGACAUGGCCAUCUCUAACUCCAUUGGCAGCAAUGUGUUUGAUAUUCUGGUGGGCCUUGGCCUGCCCUGGCUUUUACAGACCCUCUGCAUUGACUAUGGAUCAACUAUCUCUCUGAACAGUAGAGGAUUGAUCUUCUCUGUUGCGCUGCUCUUGGCCUCAGUGUUCCUCACAGUGCUGGGCGUCCACUUAAACAAAUGGACUCUGGACCGUCGACUGGGUCUGACCUGUCUCCUCAUGUACGCAGUCUUCGUCUGUUUCUCCGUCCUCAUCGAGUUCAACGUCUUCAUCUUCGUCAACCUGCCCAUGUGCCGCGAGAUCCUCUGAUCCUUGUGCUCUUCCUCCUCCUCUUCCUCCCGCUUUCGCUCCUGGAGGAUGUCUUUGCCACAGGUCUUUGCUCCCUGUCUGCUCGCCCCACCCUCGAGUGGAUUUUUAUCUUGAAAUAAUAGUUGUUUAAUUUAUCUUUGGUGCAAUACAAGCGAAUGAUGAACGGAGAUUUGCGUUCGUCUGGUUUUGGCUGGAAAAGAGAAGACGUAAGAGAAAGUCCCAUUGGAACAUGAUGAGGUCAAAGGUCAACCGAACAGGAAGUAGUAGUGACUGUUUCCUGUUAGCUUUCUGUUGCCAGGUAAACUGAAGACAUUGGUUUGGAUAAACUAAACUGUAUUAUCAUCGACGUCGAUGUAUAAGCUGCUAACUGACAAAAAGAAAAUGAUUGGCUAACGGCGAUUGAUAGCCAAUAGGAUUGUGUUAUUUUCUUACUCUUUGUACAUGUUUGGAUAUAAAUAUUAUACAUAUUGUUUAAGGUGUUUUAAGUUAAGAUGGAUAUGCGACAGGAUUCCAUGUGUGCUGUAAAUAUUUGAAGAGAAUAUUGACAUGGAGAAGUUUAUUGACAUAUUGCUCUCACUUAGACUGGUCCGGUUCUUCAACCGUUCGGUGAAGUGGCAAGAAUCAAAGAAGAGGAGGAGGAUAUUUUUGUUUAAGCUGAGUGCACUGCAGUGACUUGACCAAACAGUGAUGCUCUCAUGCCAGCCAUGUCUUCUCGCAAAGUGUAAGACAGCAUGACAUGCUAAUCGCGAGUCUAUUCCUUGAGCUUUGUGCUGUCAGGGAGAGUUCUUAUCAAUCUCUUCUAUUUGCAGUCAGAUAUAUUUAUGUACAGUACAGUUUCUCUUGAGUUAUUUCGUCUCCAAAUAUAUCCAAGUGUAUGUGGGAUGUGGAGUACCAGUCAAAAUGUUUUGGACACGGCUGCUCAUUCCAGGGUUUUUCUUUAUUUUGACUAUUUUCUACAUUGUAGAAUAAUAGUGAAUACAUCAAAACUAUGAAAUAACAAAUAUGGAAUCAUGUAGUAACCAACAAAAUGUGUUAAACAAAAUACAUUUUAUAUUUGAGAUACUUCAAAUGGGCCACUCUUUGCCUUAAUGACAGCUUUGCACAGUCUUGGCAUUCUCUCAAACAGCUUCAUGAGGUAGUCAACUGGAGUUCAUUACAAUUAACAGGUGUGCCUUGUUAAAAGUUAAUUUGUGGAAUUUCUUUCCUUUCUAAUGUGUUUGAGCCAAUCAAUUGUGUUGUGACAAGGUAGUAGUGGUAUACAGAGGAAAGCCCUGUUUGGUAAAAGACCAAGUCCAUCUUAUGGCAAGAACGGCUCAAAUAAGCAAAGAGAAAAGACAGUCCAUCAUUAAUUUAAGACAUGAAGGUCAGUCAAUCCGGAAAAUUUAAAGAACUUUUCAAGUUUCUUCAAGUGCAGUCGCAGAAACCAUCAAGCGCUAUGAUGAAACUGGCUCUCAUGAGGCCCGCCACAGGAAAGGAAGACCCAGAGUUACCUCUGCUGCAGAGGAUAAGUUCAUUAAAGUUAAUAGCCUCAGGAGUUCAAGUAACAGACAUCUCAACAUCAACUGUUCAGGGAAGACUGCAUGAAUCAGGCCUUCAUGGUCGAAUUGCUGCAAAGAAACCACUACUAAAGACACCAAUAAGAAGAAGAGACUUGCUUGAGCCAAGAAACACGAGCAAUGGACAUCAGACCAGUGGAAAUCUGUCCUUUGGUCUGAUGAGUCCAAAUUUGAGAUGUUUGGUUCCAACCGCCGUGUUUGUGUGAGAAGCAGAAUAGGUGAACUGAUUAUCUUUGCAUGUGUGGUUCCCACCAUGAAGCAUGGAGGAGGAUGUGUGAGGGUGCUUUGCUGGUGACACUGUCUGUGAUUAAUUUAGAAUUCAUGGCACACUUAACCAGCAUGGCUACCACAGUAUUCUGCAGCGAUACACCAUCCCAUCUGGUUUGCGCUUAGUGGGACUAUCAUUUGUUUUUCAACAGGACAAUGACUGAAAACACACCUCCAGGCUGUGUAAGGGCUAUUUGACCAAGAAGGAGAGUGAUGGAGUGCAGCCUCAGAUGACCUGGCCUCCACAAUCACCCAACCUCAACCCAAUUGAGAUGGUUCGGGAUGAGUUGGACCGCGGAGUGAAGGAAAAGCAGCCAACAAUUGCUCAGCAUAUGUGGGAACUCCUUCAAGACUGUUGGAAAAAGCAUUCCUCAUGAAGCUGGUUGAGAAAAAGCCAAGAGUGUGCAAAGCUCUAAUCAAAUCAAAGGGUGGCUACUUUGAAGAAUCUAAAAUAUAUUUUGAUUUGUUUAGCACUUUUUUGGUUGCUACAUGACUCCAUAUAUGUAUUUCAUAGUUUUGAUGUCUUCACUAUUAUUCUACAAUGUAGAAAAAACCCUUGAAUGAGUAGGUGUGUCCGAACCUUUGACUGGUACUGUAUAUUUUUCCUAAUUGAUCCCAAAAUGAUUGUAAAUAAAGGAUAUCCCUGGAGUUGAAAUCCAGCACCGUCACUUUAUUGAACAGAGAUACGCUAUAUGAUACGUUUCUGUUGUACAGCAUCUAGUUGUAUGUAACUGUAACUACUGCACUUUAGGACCCUUUUAGGCUAUAGAAUCUUUUACAAUAGCAGAAUACCUUCUACGCAAUAGUAGAAUAUGUUCUACCCAGUUCGAGUACAACAUUUCUACUUAAGGAAAAUAAGUAUUUUUAGACUAGUAGGUGAUGUAAGGACUGUCGAGUUAAAGCUGGAUUGAAGUGUGUGUGUGUGUUUGUGUUGUCUGUGUGUGUGUCUGCACCACGCAUGUGUGCAAGUAUGUUUUUGUGCGUGUCUGUGUCUGUGGGUGUGGGUGGGGGGGGGGGGGGACCAUGGAAAAUCUUGUUAAUGAGCAGACAUAAUCAUGAUUGAUUUAUUUAUGGAUUCAUUUAUUCACGGAUCAUGUCUGCUCUAUCGGUAUCAGAAAAUCAUGUGGAUCCAGUUGUAAAUGGAAUGCUUUAUGUUCUUCUUUCUAUAUUAUUGAGAUUCUGUGUACCAAUUAUAUAAUCAAAAUACUGGAAACCUGACUAUGUUGUUUAUAUUUAAGAAUAUAGAACUUUAUCAUUUAUAAGUUUUGUAUAGUUCUUAUUUCAAAUAGUAUAUAUUGCAGCGUUUGUAUCUUGUAAAAAUGAACACUUUGGCAGAUGCAGUACAUGGCACAUUAACUAGACUGGUUUAGCCACCAGGGGGCAGUGAAGUAAAUUACAUUUUGGAGCCAUUGAAUUAGAUUUGAUAUCUCUUAGUAAUAACGGUGUCAGUUUCUACAUUUUCUAGCAAGCAAACCUUUCGCACUCGCACAACACAUGUAUUCUCUAAACAGUGCUUCUUGAACUCUGGUAAUAUCCCAGGCCCCGUGUUCACAGAUUCUCAGAGUAGAAGUGCUAAUCUAGGAUCAGGUCCCAGCUGUCCAAAUAAUCUGAUUCAUUAUGGACUAACAGACCCACCUGAUCCUAGAUCAGCACUGGGUACUCUGAAACGUUUCGUGAAUACAGGUUCAGGUAUUCAGUUAAGGCCUCAAACCAACAACAAUUGUGGAUGUGUUCAUGUAUUGGAGACAAAACAGUAACAUAUUUUGUCAACAACAGCAUUGCCACUUUGUAUCAGUGCUUUGUAUCCACAGCAUGUGUUCAAACCAAAAGUGGAGAUGUGAUAACUGGGAAUGUCUACUAUUGCUUACUUUUAUGAGGAUUGCCAAUGGUUACCAGGUUAAAGGACUAGUCCGUCUUCUUUUUGAGGCUUUGUAGCCACAUGAAUGAUCCUCAGACUCAGUGUGUGGUAUUUGUACAGUUUCAAUUAGGGGGAGUAAAACAAUAAGAUGGUUGAUUUUGCCACAUAGAAAACAGUUUGGGCACUUUUAAGUGAAUGGAAGAGGAAUUUUGUGUUAGUCUGCAUGUCUCUUCAUGAUAAGUCUACUUAUUUUUGUGUGUACGUUUGAAUUAAGGUAUUUCAUGAUCAAAAGGCUCUGUUUUGAUACUGUUCAUAUCAAAAGGGAAUAUAAACAAUGUUUAAAUAACUUAUGACGAGCAUAUUUAUUUGAAAGAAAUACAGUAUUUAGAAUGUAGGUCUACUUCCCUAAUUGGUUUCAACAAGAACCAAUGUCAUUUUACUGUCAUGUCUUUGGAAUUGUUUGUAAAUCCUCAUUUUCUUUCCUGAGGGCCUCUGGUUAACGUAGCCUCUCUUAGUACUCUGUGUUUAGGAGGGAUUCGGUCAUAUUUUGCUCCCAGGGGUCUUCUUGCAAUAAACAGAUUUACAUACA